AUAUCAUAUGUGUAUAUAUUAUAUUAUUUUAUCUUAUUUGAAAUACAGUAACACAUUUGGAUUAGAUAGCAUAUAUAUGUUUCCGUGAUUAAAAACGUGUCCAAUAAAUUGUGAAAACAUAACCAUGUAUUUAAUUUUCAACCGUGCAGUGUAUAACACAGCACCAUUUUUAUAUUCAUUAAAAGAAGUAACUAAAACAUUUCUUCUAACUUUUAAUUCAAAAAUAUAUAAUAAACAUUAUACUUGUUAUAGUCAAUCGCAUGAAAAACAGCAAAGUGGUGCAUGGAAAGUAUUAUUUUUUGGCACAGAUGAAUUUGCUGUCGAAAGUUUGAAAGUCUUAUAUAGCAAAUAUAGAUCUAAGGAAGUGGAACGACUAGAAAUUGUUACUGUUAAUCAAAAAAGGGAAAAUUCUGUCACAAAAUAUGCAAAAGAAAAUAAAAUUAUUGUAAAUAAAUGGCCACUUGAAAUUAAUAAAUCAGAGUUUCAUAUAGGAAUAGUUGUUUCAUUUGGUCAAUUAAUACCAUCCAAGAUCAUAAAUGCAUUUCCACUAGGCAUGUUAAAUGUACAUAGUAGUUUAUUACCAAGAUGGAGAGGAGCAGCUCCAAUAAUUUACACGUUAAUAAAUGGAGAUUCAAAAGCUGGUGUCACAAUAAUGAAAAUAAUGCCAAAAAGAUUUGAUAUAGGAGAAAUAAUAUUGCAGAAGGCAAUAGAUAUUGAUGAACAUGAAACUCUGCCAGAAUUAUAUACAAAAUUAGCAAAACUUGGUGCAAAUCUUUUAGAAGAAACAUUUGAAAAUUUAUUAGAAUUAUUAAAAUGUGCAAGACCUCAAGAUGAAGAAAACGUAACAUAUGCACCAAAAAUAACAUCAAAAAUAUCUUUAGUUAAUUGGAAUAAAAUGUCGGCAACAAAUGUUUAUAACUUACAUCGUGCGCUCGUGGGUUUAUACCCUUUAACUACUUCAUUUCAAAACGCAAAAAUAAAGUUACUUGACGUUCAAAAAAUUGAAUCAGAAUCAAUAGCAACAAACCUUGAAGGAGCAGAACCAGGAACCGUGAUAUAUAGUAAAAAGAAUAAUGCAUUGAUUAUAAAAUGUAAAGAAAACACUUAUGUUUCUGCAAAGCAAGUAACUGUACAAGGUAAACGUACUAUGAAUGCUCUUAAUUUUUGUAAUGGUUAUAUAUCUGGAAGAAAUAGGACGAAAAUAUUAUUUACUUCAAUGUAACUUUCAAAAUUAAUGUUAAUUUAUUUUUAAUGUAAAUGUAAUGUAAUUUGUUUGUAAUGUAAAAAAAUAUUAUACAUAUAUAUCAUUGAAAAUCAAAUUUGUCUUAAUAUGUUUUGUAGAACUUAUAUUAAUAAUUAAUAAAUCUUAUCAUAAGUAUCAAAAGAG